GAAAGGCGGCUUCAGAGAGGGUCCUUCAAGAUUUUCCUCCUUCGCGUGUUGCUUCUCUCGAGGAUGACCUUCGUGCGUGUGUUGAUGGCGUGGCUCUGCGUGUGGGCGGCGCAGACGACCUCGGGGCUGGAGAGCAGUCUGGAGGCACUCCCUGGCACCCUGUACUCCCUGCGCCCCCGCUCGUCUUCCCGGACCCAGGACAUUCUCGACACCCUCGGCGACAUCGGCGAAGGGAUCCCGUUCGCCUUGCCCUUCACGUCGAGGGACUCCCACAACGCCAGGCAGGACACCACCGAUGACCCCUUCUCGGACGACAAGGAUCCCUCGCCGGAAGGGGGCGUGGCGCUGGAACCUCCUGCAGUAGGGGAGAGGGACGUCCCGGAGGCUGAAACGGCGGGGGAGGGAGAAGAGGAGGUGAACAAGGAAGAGCAGGAUGCCGCCCACAACCUGACGACCGCGCAGGAGGAGGAGAUGGCCGAGCGAGAGGUCCUUCGAAGGAAGAUCUGGGAACUGCAGGAAGCCAAUCGCAAUCUCCUUGGCCAGAUCCUGCUCAAGGACAGGCGAUAUCCUAACCAGACGGGCAUCCAACAGCCAUUCGGAACCAGAGAAGACGACCAAUCCCCUUCGAAGGGAUUGAAGAGUUUUCGACCUGCUGACUGCGCCGAUCACCUUGUAUACGGGGCGACCGUGAGCGGCGUCUACGACAUCUAUCCCUUCACGUGUCUGUGCACGAAGCCCAUCCAGGUGUGGUGCGACAUGGACACAGACGGAGGCGGCUGGACGGUGUUCUUCAAGCGAGAGAAGAACCACGUCCAGGAGAGAUUCAACCGUUCCUGGAGCGAGUACAAGGACGGCUUCGGGAACCCCAGCUCCGAGUACUGGCUCGGCAACGAACUCCUGCACACCAUGACCUCCAGCCGGGAGUACACCCUCCGCAUGGACCUCCAGCUCUCCACAGGCGACUUCAAGAGCGGAGUGUGGAAGAGAGUUCUUGUCGACGACGAGAUCCAGAAAUACAAGCUGACUUUAAGCAACUACUCGCCGGAAAGCAGCACGACCUCGAACUGCAUGAGUGUGUCCCAUAACAGGUUCUUCUCGACCUAUGACCGGGACCACGACAGCUCGAGCAGCAACUGCGCGGCGAUCAAGCAGGGCGGCUGGUGGCACUACUCCUGCAGCAGCAGUAGCUACCUGUACCCGACGAGCUCUUAUCCGAGUGGCCUCGUGAGCACCUGCUACAACGGCCAGGGCGUGAUGGCGAACUGGAUCCAGUUCAAGCUCCGGCCGGCUGUCUGCGGCACGUCCUUCAAGACGGUUUAUCUCAACUCGUACGCCUGCGACAGCUGCCACUAGGGGCCUCGAGGACGCAGCGGCAGACGGAGGCUGUGAUGACGCAAGCACUGGGUGUCGGAGGCGAAGCUGUGGAGACAUUUUUUCUCUCUUUCUAUGUCUCUCUGCCCCCCCCUCCUC